AGAUUUACAGACGGAAUGAAACUUUUUUCUUUGGGUUUCCCUCGCCCAAGCUUAUUUCUCAGCUUUGUUCAAUUUCGUCCUCCGACUUCUCUGCGAGCAUUAGUUUCUACCAUGGCCGGUGUUGGAGAAGAUCAGUCUUCUUUCUCCGGAAAUCAUGAUGGUCUUACGGUCGAUCCUUCCAAGUCUCAAAUCGACGGAGGCGUUAGCGUUACCGACGCUGAAGACUUGAAGUAUGGAUUCCAGCGACCUGAAAUGUACAAGAGCUCUCUUGCCGGAACUGUUGAUCCCUACGAUCGCCAUGUGUUUUUAUGCUACAAGAAUGCUGAGAGCUGGCCUUCUCGAGUAGAAGCUGCUGAAUUCGAUCGACUUCCCAGUCUUCUCGCUGCCGCUCUUAAAUCUCGUAAGAACGAAAUUCAAGGGAAGAUUCGUUUGACGAUAUGUGAGGGGCGGGAUGGUACAGAGUCUACAAAUGGGGAUGUCUUGAUUUUUCCAGAUAUGGUCCGAUAUAGGGGUUUGACACACUCUGACGCUGAUAAUUUCGUUGAGGAUGUGCUCGUGAAAGGCUCUACGUGGGUUUCUGGAGCUCCUGAAGCCUUAACUGGCUCACACAUAUUUGUGUGCUCUCAUGGUAGUCGAGACCGGAGAUGUGGUGUUUGUGGUCCGGUUCUUAUAGAUAAGAUUAAAGAGGAGACUGAAUCACGAGGGCUUAAUGAUAAGGUAUUCGUCAGUCCGUGCUCUCACAUUGGGGGGCACAAAUAUGCUGGGAACUUGAUAAUUUUCAGUUCGAAUUCCGAGGGAAUAGUUACUGGUCAUUGGUAUGGUUAUGUUACUCCUGAUGAUGUCCCCAUUCUGCUUGAGCAGCAUAUUGGAAAGGGAGAGAUUGUAGAACGGCUAUGGAGGGGUCAAAUGGGUUUGUCCAAUGAAGAAGAGGAAAACAAAGGUGAACACAAGCAUUCACCCAAAAAGAAGAAACGUGAACACAAGCAUCAAGAAAAUGGUGGAAUGGCUUAUAAUGGGACGAACUUGGAGAAAGGGGAGACUGAACCCAAAGGAAGUAGUGGUGAAUUCAAUCUGAAAGAUGGAGGGAGCUGUUGUCAGGGUGCCAAUGGGUUUUCAUGUUGCAGGGAUGAAAAGGUAGAAGGGAAGAGUGAAAUUGCAGGAAAGAAACAAAGACAAGGUACUGAUGUGCGCAAGAAUAUGUUUGGCAGGCUCACAGUUUGGGCAGAAACAUGGGAGCAAAGUGAUAUUCUUGCAGCAGCUGCUGUUAUUGGAACUGUGGCAUCUGUUGCUGUGGCUUAUAGCUUCUAUCGAAGGUCAGGGUGAAUACCUCCCCAUUUCAUAAUCCCAUUUGCCUGUUUACCUUAUCAGUGGUGGUGUAGAGACGGGCCCUUGCAAAGUAUCCAAAGAAGGGAGGUAAAAACGGUUAAAUAAUAAUCUGGGAUAUGUUUUUUUUUUAUCUUGUGGGAGUCAACUAGAUGAGUAUGUAAAAACAUCACACCCCACUUUAAAGGUGAACAAUCCUGAGCAGGAAUUACGGAGAUGAUAUAAUUUCAUAUCCAUUACCGUUUUAGGGU